AUGGCCAUUCUGAUAAUUUUAUGGAAAAGAAGAAAAGUUUUUUUAGGAUUGGAACGAAUUGUUUCAAACGAACUUACACGACUUAGCUCCGAGCAAAAAAAAAUUAUCAAAGAAACGAUGGAGAUUUUGCAAAAAGAUCAAUUAGCGAACGGUGUGACAAUUUUAAUUAAAUUCAUUUCGGAAUAUCCAGAAGUGAAGAGAGCUUGGCCUCAAUUUCGUCCGAUUCCAGACAGUGCAAUAAUUUCUUCAGAUGUCAUAAAAAAUUUUGCUUUGGUUUAUAUGCAAGGUUUGGGUAGAAUCGCUGAUUGCAUGGACGAUCAAGUUGCUCUUUCUACUGCACUUCGAAGAAUUGCAAAAUCACACGUGAAAUGGCAAAUAAGCAAGCAACAUAUUUUGGUUGUCAUAGAGAAUACAUGGUGCACAUUUUUUUCGAUAAUAGGAAAUCUUGUCGAACACUAUAAGAAUGUCUCUAAAUAA